AUAUUAUCGAAAUGUGUUUAAAUUUAACUAAUAUUGGCUAAUUAAAAUAUUUUGUAAUCUAUUGGAUUAAUUAUUUGGUGUUGAAUAAUAGCGUACAUAUGUGUGAAGAGAAAUCAGCGGCAACAAUAACAGGCGCGCGCUUUUCACUACGCUUUGAGUAAUUUUUUUUUAUAAAUGUGAACAUCUGGCUGUAAAUUGCUUAUACAAACCUACAUAUAGAUAGUGAAAGAAUUUUUUAGGAUUGUCGUCUCUCUCCGAGCCACUGGAGUACAACUCAGUUUAUGACGCAAGUAUGCAUUUACCAUAUAUACUGAAACCACCAUCGUAUGAAACUGAAGUUAUAAUCCAAGCAGACGGCAAUUAUUAUAUAUCAAGUCAAGAAAAUAAAAUUCCACUCAUAUCAGCAAUGUCCAAUUCGUUGCCAGGAAUAUAUGAAGAACCAUCACCAAGUAGAAGCAAUGAAACUGUUGCAAGUCGACCAAUAAGCUUAGAGUCAGCAUUUAAAGGUUUUACAGAAAGUCCUUAUGGAAAAUUGCAAAGGCAAUUCUUUCCUACUACUUCUGUAUCUGCUCACCUACCUGAUUCGUUUGAAAAGCCAGUUCCCACAAAAGGCAACACCGUCUUUUCAAGAUUCUAUGAUAUGAUUGUCGAGGAAAAUAGUUGUAAUGCAGUUGACAUUCAGUUACUGAACGAAAAGGUCUCGCCUACAGAAAUAGAUGAAGUCUCUCAAGAAAAUGGCGUCGAUUAUUUGCUUUCACUUAGCAAAGAAUUAGAACCUGUAGCUUCAUAUCACCAAUCUCAGCCAUUGGCAGAGGUCGAACUAUCGUUUAAUGGAAAAAUAAAAAGUCUGACUCCACCCACAGCUGAUGAAAAAGAGGGAGAAUCUACUAUUGAAAUUCAAAGCCAACUUAAUCAAUCCUUUAUUCUUAAAAAAUAUAGUAAUGAAAAAUCACCAGACUUGUUUGGCGAUGACGAUGACGAUGAAAAUGAAGAAGACGUGGACACAUGCAAUUAUGAAGAUCGCUACAAAGCUGAAGAAUUAAUUGAAUUUGUUGGGACAGCUGUUGAUGAAGAAGCAACGGAGAUUAUAGAAAAUGAAAAUCAGGUGGAAAUUGUUUCACCAGUCGCCAUUGCUAUUGACAACGCAAAUAAUGAUCAAAAUACCGUUGAAGCAUCUAUGGACACAAGUGUAAAUAAAUCAGUAAACUGCCCAACUGAGUCCAGUUUCGCUGACGAGCAAACAUGUGAAUUGGACUCACAACAAACAGAUCAGCCGCGUGCAGAUAAUUACAGUUUAUAUCGCGAGAACUGUCGUCGAGAAAAGGAACUCUUACGCCGUAUACGAAAAUGUUUGGCCGGUAUACCACCACCUCCAUCGGUAACUAUACCACAGUUGGACAUGUUCAGUGCUGUGAUAAGUCGAAAACAGGAUAUAUUGGAUUUUACUGUCGAUAUCAACUCCUCAAGUAGUUUAGGUGCUGGUAGUACUUCAAACACUUGUGCCAGCCUCUUCAAGCCCACACAUCCGAUUGAUGAGACGAAGGAAAUGGGUUGGCGACAGGUGCUUGGUGUCAGACAACAUGGUCUUAGUUUUAACCUAUGCAAGGCAUCUGAAAAUAAUGAGUAUUUGGGCUUGUCUGUAAUUGAACGCUUCAUUGGUGCCGAAACAGCGUCUUCAUAUCGUAAUUCACCAUCUAGCGCCAAAAAGCGUAAUGCACGUAUGAAAUUACUGACACAAUCCCCUGGAAAUCGUUUAAGCCAUUUGGCUAGACGUCGUGCCACUUUCUCUUCAGCGCAGUUGGCCACUCAGAAAUCAAAUAGUUUGCGUGGUCCACAAAUAUUGGUGGAUGUUCAAAAGAAGAAUAAAAAUCGGCGUAAAAAUACACCAAAACGUAUGACUCCAGGCAGCAAAAAGAAAAAUCGCAAGACGCCCUCAUCAUCGGCACGUAAACGACUUUUUCGUUGUGAUCUCAGUAAACCCGGCCCGUCGCGAGAAUCUUCGAAACGCGCACUGUUUCAAAGCCCGGCUAAGCAAAUGGAACAGAAACAGUCCGUCCAAAGACUGAUGCCCAGCAUUAAGCCUGAAAUAGCAAAUCGUGUUGAGAAAUCAAAACGUGCACUUUUCUCACCCGACAAAGGAACGGAAAACUCAAAUGCAAAUAUGCUAAGGUCGAAUGCCGCACAGCAAAGUCGUUUAAGUACACAACAAUUUGAUUCGAUCUUUAAGCGCAAACGUUCAGCCAUCGACGACGACGACUCCGCUGAUUUACCAUCACAAAGCAGUAAACUGUUUCGAGGUGGUGCUGAGAAUUUAACACCACGUGCCUUAAAAAUUAAAAGUCAAAGCUUUUGUAUUGGGGCUGGUUCCUCGUCAACACUGCCUACGACCACUGCGAUUUCUGGUUUAACUUGCAUUGCUGGUGUUGAAACGCACAAUUUAAUGGCUAGUAGAAGCUCAGGUCUCGGCAGUAGUGUCACUUUGUUUGGCAGCACAAGCGCUUUAUCGUCUGGUUCAACAGCCAUGAAUAGCGGUGCGAAAAUACAACGUUCGCACUCGGAAAUGGUUGCACAAACAAGCAAUUUAACGGAGAAUCAACGGAAGAAACUUUUGUGGGCAGUGUCGCAAGCGCUGCAAGAGAAGAAAAUCACCAUGAAACACGAAAGCUUCAAACAGUAUGCAGCAGUAUUGGCUAGAGUUGUGCGGCGUAUCUUUCAGGAAUUUUUUCAAAAGAGCAGCACAAGCAACAGUGAAACGUUGUUGCGUCUGGCCAAACGGUAUGUGCACAAUGUGAUAGGCGGACGCAAUGCAGACGAUAUUUACCUACAUGCGAAAGCGAAAAUUGCACGCGAGAGAAGCGAAUCCAAUACUCGUCUUAGCGGUUAUAUUGGGCCAGAGGAGUAUCGUCGUCGUAAAGACACACAAAAACAACAACAGCAACAUGAGGAGCAAAAUAAUUCAUUUAGUCAAAACACCACGAUCUCAGCCUCAAUUUCGAACAUAUUUUCGUGCGACAAAUCAAUGGACUCCUUCUGCAUGACGAGUGGUUACGAGACAAUACCCGCCUCCAAUACAACAACACAAUCAACUUAUAGCUCCCAACUUUUCGAUAGCAACUCAAACCCGUCAUCACUUAAAAAACUGCCCGUACAACCGAAUGCCUCGCUACAAAAUAGUUCUUCCAAGAAUAAUAUGUGUGGCUUAGCCUUGCGUGAAAAUGUCAAUUUCGAAAUCGAACAACAACGUCGUUCUACACAAAAGAAUUUCACCGGCAAAGAUCAACGCAAUGUCAGUCCAUAUGCCAACGCUAAUAGUCAUUACUACCACAAUAACCACAGCAACCAGCUGAUAGCAAGCAAUAUUAAUAGCAUACCAAUCGCACCAGUAUUGUGUUCAGCUUCCAUGGGAAAAUCGCAAUUGCAAACGAAGAGCAUGUUGUCCGCGGAAACCAGUGUGUUACAUCCAGGCUCAACGAAAGUGAAGCGACAGAUAAGUUUCGAUAAUUAAUAAUACCUCUUUCACAGAUGCUCUAGCAUUCGCUACUCCACUCACCACCAUCAUUAGCUGUAGAAAACCCUUAGUUAAAUUGUGGUCUUUUGUGGAAUAUCUAACAAAUGCCAACACUGAUAGUGUGUUAGUGGUCAUUUCCAAAUAUAUAAGACAGUCUUGAAUUAUUAAGUAGUUAUAAGUAAUAAUUAGGAGAAUUUGCAAUGUUUCUAAUAUAUGCCUGUAAAGACCCAACCAAGACCCCAUGAUGAUUUCACGUAAUAUUUAAAAUUUCGUUUUAGCUUCCGAUAUAAUGCCGUAUUAGGAAAAGCAAUCUGUACUCGUACAUACAUACAUAUGUAUGUAUGCAAGCAUAUACAUAAAUACAAUAUUAUUGAUGUUGCGGUGUUUGAUUAAUUUCAUACAAGAUGCAUGCAUACAUACAUAUGUAUGUAGGUCUUAAUUGCAGAAAGCAAACGGUUCAAAUAUAUGUACGUCAAAAAUACACCAUUUCAAAAAUGGUUUGGCGGCAUAAUUGUCUUGUUUCUAAUACAUACUUUGAAAAUUACAUUACUUAAGACUUUUUAUUGCUAGUUAUCUUCUAAUGCGGCCCAGUACACGAAAAAAACGAAAGUGAAUAAAGACUUUUCAAUUUAAA